AUGAAAAAAUCUGAGAAGAAGAAAAAGAUCGAAUUUUCAGAAAAUAGAAGUUUACAGUGGUUAGUUCAGAAGUCUUAUAUACUUUCCUGGAUAAGUCAUUUACGUUAUGUAAAUAACUUAGUAGAUUGUGCAAUUGUAAGAGCAUCUAUGCUGUCACUAUUUAUAUUGAGUGACUUAGGAUAUGGUAAAUAUCAACAUCCUAGACAAAUUUAUGAUUGGUUUAGAGUGCACUUUAGAUCAUACAACAUAUCUCCAAAUUCGUGGCUUGUUAGUUGGCCUGGUGGUUUACCUAUGAAUUAUAGAUUUACAAAAAAUGUGGUCAUUUUUAAUCAAAGUAUUUCGAGAUGUUUCUACUUUGGAUAUUUAGUCAGAAGGCUUGUAGCAAGCGUAAGUUUAUAUAAAUGUGGUGGGGAAGUUGCAAAUUUACUUUUUGCUUCCUUAUUAAGAAUCUUAGGAUUUGGAUGUCGAAUUGUAAUGUUUAUACCACCUAGGAUUACUAUGAAGAACAGAUUGGACAAGACACACAAAUUAGAGAGGCUAUCUAAUGAAUAUAAACAGAAAAACUUCGUUCCUAAUAUAUACUCUUGGAUUGGAACAACAUUAGAUGAUGAUGAUAGACGUCCAGAAUUGUGGUUAGAGAUUUUUUGUACUAAGUUAAAUGAGUGGAUUGCAGUAGAUGUACAUAGAGGAGGCUGGGAUUUUAUAGAUGGAGAUUCAAGGGUUAUACAGAGUGAUCACUUAGGAAGGAAUAACAAUUUAUCUGAUCAUAAUCAAGUAUUAACAAGUGUUGAACAAAGUCAGAAUUAUAAGAAAUGUACUUCUACUGCAGCUCCUAGGACUAUAUUUUCAAAAUUACACAUGGAUUUAAGUGUAGAAGACUCUUCAUCUUCAGAUGAGGAGUCUGAUAAAUUGAAACAGGGAUACUUACCUAUAAUACCUCUCAAAACUGUUAAGUUAGAUAAUAAAUCCAAAGAGAUUCGAAUUGGAAUAAAGGGGAGUUUGAAACGAAAGCCUACUCAGAUUGAAUUAGAAGAAGAACGCGCUGCAUUAGCAUUUGAAUUUACAUCUACAUAUAAAAAAACCUCCUCUAUACAGCUACUAAAGAAUAAGAUUGACAUAUGUAAAACUUCAAUUAAGUACAAGAAUUUUGAUAAUAUUGGAUGGUGGAUUUUAACUGUUAAUGAAAAAGGUUAUAUUAGGGAUACAACAUAUCGUUAUACAUCUGAGUGGGUAUCUGUUCUAAAUUCUCGCAGGAAUUUUUUGGUAGAUUAUAUGGAUAAACUUAUUAAAAGUGUAAAUCAGUUGAGUUCAUCUAUAUAUGUACUUCAGAUUGAUAUGUUAGAUGACUUCUCACUAGAAAGGCGUCUUCAGCAAGAUCCUCUUCCUUGUAAUAAGAACAGAUUUAAGCGACAUCCGAAAUAUGCUCUAAUGUCUUGUUUGAGCCCAAUUGAGAUUAUUCAUCCUCAAAUUCCAAUUAUAGGGUAUUUUCAAGGUGAGCCAGUAUAUCCCCGAGAAAAUGUACAGCAAUUAAAAACUGCAAAGCAAUGGAGUAGGCAACAGAGAAGAAUAUCUUCAGGACAAAUUCCUAUAAAAACAAUUAAAGAUGCCAGUAAUAAUAUCAUAAAGGAAUUAUAUGCUGAAUAUCAAACAGAAUUAGUGCCGAUACGUGAAAUUACUUGUGAUAAUCAAGUUCCAGUAAAUCAAUUUCAUAAUGUAGAUCUAACGAAUAAUCAACAAGUACCCUUGGGAUGUAUUCAUGUAGAAGAUAACUAUGAACUUUCAGAGGAAGAUUCGAUGGAAGGCCAAAGAUCCUUUAGGUCUACGUGGAUUGUUUCUUGGGAAGAGACUGCUAAACGUGCAAAUAUUAGUUAUGGCAGAGCUUUGGUAGGUUUUAAAUAUAGUGGGGGCUAUAAAAAGGGAAUAUCUAGCAAGUUUUCCAGGAAUUUAAACUCUAAGGCUGAACCCUUAUAUAAUGGAAUUAUAAUUAAGGAAGAAGAUUACCAAAGGCUACUUGAGAAGAAGAAUCAAUUCCAAGAGAGGAAGAUGGAUAAAAUGGCACCAUUUAUGUGGAAAGCUUUUCUAUCGAAUUUAGAAGCUCUAUUUUUGGAACACUUGGAUACAAACCAAGAUUAUAAAGAUGGUAGUGGUGAUAUGGAGAGAAUAAGUAGAACUAAGGUAAGGAAACUGGAUUCUAAUUCUUUAAAAAAGCUUUCUGCAAAAUUAUUUAAUGAAAGUUUAGCUAAGGUAGAGGAAGGGCUCAAAACAAGAGAAUCAAGAAAUGAGGAUGAAUAA